AAGGCUACCCCAAAUCAGUAGACAACAUGUAUUUCAUUUGUUUGUAAACUCUUCUAGAUUAAAAUCUUGGCACUCUCUCGCAUAUUCCCAAUUCCUAGAUAUAGGAAGCCAAAAAUUGUAAGGUUAGAAGGUUGGAAAAGUCAUUCCCAGGCUCAUCUGUUAAAAAACAUUACCAGCGUGGUGGGUAUUUUAGCAAAAUCAUCACAAUUUAAACUCGUAAGACUCUUACUUUGUAAAUCACCAUCCACAAAUAAACUUUUGCUGCUUUCUUAAUAAAAUACAACACAACAAAAAUCUUGACAUUCCAGCCACGGAAAAACAAGACUUCUACCUCUGAGGUGACAGUAAUCCAAGGGAAUUCGGCGAGCAGUUACGAAAGGUCUACGAAGUAUAAGGCAUCAAAAGAAUGUUUAAGGGAAAAAAAAAGGCGGGGGGUGGCUACAGGAAUAUGUACGUUUUCGUCACGAACUUGACUUGUUCAGUUUAGGUGAAGUGGAGAAAUAACAUCCGUAGUUCCGCCCCUUGUACCUCAACAGCGACUCCUGUCCCAGUCAGCCUAGUGGAAUCUAGGGCCGCUUCAAGUUAAAUCCUAGCUUUCUCACUGCCCUUCCGUCUCCCAGGACUCUGCUAGAUGGCUCAGCUUAAUCAGGAAGGAGUCAGGAUUUCCCGUCUCUCAGCUUUCAUGCCGAAGACAUAGCGUUAGCACACGCACUUCAGCCUCCCACUCCUAGCCCCGCAUAAAGUGGCGGGAAGGCUAGGUGGCCGGCCUGCGGCCCCGCCGCGCACAUGGCCGGCCGCAGCUCCUACCCCCGUGCCGCGCAGGCGCCGGGCGAGCCGGGACUUGCGGUCGCCGACAGCGGAUCAUUCCGCCGCUUUCUUUGUGUGGCUCAAGUUCUAGAAAUGGCAUAUUUUCCUCCCCUUUGUUAAAAAGAAAAAUCAGGCCGUCUCGCCCCCUUCCUCCCGCCGGAAUGGGAUCGGGGAGUGGGUGGGAGAGGGAUCUGCUGACCAGGGCAGGGGCGGAAAGGCUCAGACGAGGGGCUGACGAGGGCCGGGUCCGGGAGGGAUGCUGGGAGCUUUGACUCACUCGCACACCAUGUGUCCCUCCGCGCGCAGCACGGGGGACUUUUCGGUGGGGAUUUUGGGCGCCGACCAGACGCGGCAUUUUCGGAAAAUAGCGCCCUGUGCAGCUGAAGCGCUUUGUGUUUAGCUGGGCCGCGUCAGCCCGGCCGGGUACGAGGCGCCUCGGGUCCCCGAACCACCUCCUGCUGCUCCCCGGUCGCCGCUCCCGAAGCUUUUCCAGAUGUCCCUGGUAGAUUUGGGAAAGAAGCUUUUAGAAGCGGCUCGAGCAGGUCAAGAUGAUGAAGUUCGUAUUUUGAUGGCUAAUGGAGCUCCUUUUACUACAGACUGGCUGGGAACUUCUCCACUUCAUCUAGCAGCACAAUACGGACAUUAUUCCACCACAGAAGUACUACUCCGAGCUGGCGUAAGUAGGGAUGCCAGAACCAAAGUGGACCGAACACCGCUGCAUAUGGCAGCUUCUGAGGGCCAUGCCAGCAUAGUGGAGGUUUUGCUUAAGCAUGGCGCUGAUGUCAAUGCAAAGGACAUGUUGAAGAUGACAGCUCUACAUUGGGCCACAGAACACAAUCAUCAAGAGGUGGUGGAACUCUUAAUCAAAUAUGGUGCUGAUGUACACACACAAAGUAAAUUUUGUAAAACUGCGUUUGAUAUUUCAAUAGACAAUGGGAAUGAAGAUUUAGCAGAGAUACUACAGAUUGCUAUGCAGAACCAAAUCAACACAAACCCAGAGAGUCCCGACACUGUGACGAUACAUGCUGCAACACCACAGUUUAUCAUUGGACCUGGAGGGGUGGUGAACCUAACAGGUCUGGUAUCUUCAGAAAAUUCAUCCAAGGCAACAGAUGAAACAGGUGUAUCUGCUGUUCAAUUUGGAAACUCCUCUACAUCAGUAUUAGCUACAUUAGCUGCCUUAGCUGAAGCAUCUGCUCCAUUGUCCAAUUCUUCAGAAACUCCAGUAGUGGCUACGGAGGAAGUAGUUACUGCAGAAUCUGUGGAUGGUGCAAUUCAGCAAGUAGUUAGUUCAGGGGGUCAGCAAGUCAUCACAAUAGUUACAGAUGGAAUUCAGCUUGGAAAUUUGCACUCCAUUCCAACCAGCGGAAUAGGUCAGCCCAUCAUUGUGACUAUGCCAGAUGGACAACAAGUAUUAACAGUACCAGCAACAGACAUUGCUGAAGAAACUGUUAUAAGUGAAGAACCACCAGCCAAGAGACAAUGUAUUGAAAUAAUUGAAAACCGGGUGGAGUCUGCAGAAAUAGAAGAGAGAGAAGCUCUUCAGAAACAGCUGGAUGAAGCUAAUCGAGAAGCACAAAAAUAUCGACAGCAACUUCUAAAGAAAGAACAGGAAGCAGAGGCCUACAGACAGAAAUUAGAAGCUAUGACUCGUCUUCAGACUAAUAAAGAAGCUGUUUAAUUGAAAUGAACAUAUAGUUUGAGUUUACUUUUGGUCAAGAAAGAAUACAGUCUUGAACUGCACCCAGUAAGGUGCAGUCAUGGGAAGACAGGAUAAUAAAAGAGACUGCAGCUUGAUAAUUGGACUUAAGCCAUGAGCUCUGAAUUCUUGUAACAUAAAACUUUACUUUAGAAGUUGUGAAAUGUAUUUAAAACUGAAUUCUGUAAAUAGUUUUUUUUUUACAGUUCCAAAUGAGUUGAUAAAGAUUGUUGAAAAGAUCCCAAAACACAAUAAGCCACUGUUUUUUGUGAAUUCUUUUUGAUUUUAGUACAAACCUUAAUUUCUCAGAAACAGAACAGUUUUAAGGGUGAUCGUUGUUGAUUAGACCAAAUGUUGUGUAAUAAUUAUGUGGUGGACUGAUGCUGGAAUUGCUCCUGUAGGUAUAAACUUCUAUAUCAAGAGAAGAUUUCUCCCAGGAAAUCUUGUACAGCUUUAAGUUGUCUCAGAUUCUCUGAAAACAUUUUUUAGAAAGCAAAUUUUUAUAUUUGUUCAAUUUCAGCUAUACCCAAGUAGAUUUACAUGUAUAUGAAGCAAAUAUUUUUAAAACUUUCGUUUGUACAUAUUCUGCAUGUUUUAUAAUUUCAAAAUGUAUCACUUGCAUCGGUAUUUUUCCCACAAAGAUGAUGAAAGUUACUAGGAAAGAAAGAAACCCUUUUAUUCUAUAGGUCAUUGAAACUAAGUAAGCUAGCAGCUGGUUUUAUUGGAACGACAAUGUUCUUGGAAGGAGCAGCUUACAAGAUACCUUGAAUUUGCAAACUGCAAAAUCUAUGCUUUUUUGAAAAUUUCAUAGUGGGGACGUGAAACUAUUCUGUGCCUUCCAUCAUGAUUUCCACAUGAAAGCACUUUAAGGCACUGGAUUUUAAGAUAAUGUUUUCAGAAAACUCAAAGCAUAUGGGUUUCUGAAAUAUUUCAUGGACUCAUUUCCCCCCCCAGGAAAUUUUUCUUAUGGAAAAAAAUUGCUUUUGUAUGUAGAACAGGAACUUUUUGUACUACGGUGAUGCUAUAGAUAUGUCUAACGUAACUUUUACUUUCCCUGUGAAAGCUGUAUGUCUGUGCUGUGACUGGCUUUCAUCACAAUAUUGUUCAAUUCCACAAUGUAUGGACAUUAAACUCUGACAUAGUGUUCCUUCUUUUUUGUAAACAUAACUUCAAGUCCUUUUUCUUGUUUUAUUUUUUAAUGUUUUAUUGCUUUAUGAAAAUGUUUAACCCUGCGACCCUUCUAGAUUACAUAUACUGUAUAAAGAAGCAAUUACCCUUAAAACUGUACUCUGCCCUACUUUUCUAUUUUACAAUUAAAUAUCUUUUCCACAUA